AUGAGAGCCGCCGGGGCCCUCGCCCUGGCACUCGCCGCCUGCGCAGUGCUGCCUGCGCACGCCGCCCAGGGCAGGUCGCUCAACCAGGUUCCAGAGCGCCAGCGCGCCGGCGUCUUGGAUCCAUCCACUGCAGCCGAGGAGCCAAUCCUCACCACCGCCAUCUCAGUAGGCGAGGAGACCACGGCCUGCCAGACCUUCUCUCCCUACACGCUCGAGUGGGGCUACUCCCGCUCCGCAGUCGACUAUGGCGCCAACGGCACCAGCCAGCCCGACCUGAGCGACGUGCAGGCCCUGAUAGCGCGCAUCUGCCGCAGCCCCGCGGCGGCAGGCUCCCGGAUCAUGUCUGCCGUCCAGGCGGGAGGCCCCGAGGCGCAGAGCGCGGUGUAUGCCCUCCUCAAUGCCGACUGCCCUGACGUCCUGGAUGCGGGCAGCGAGACCUACAGCGCCGCCAUCGACGCCGUCACCAGCGGUGACCCCGCAGACCUGCCGGCCGUGGCAGAGUGGUUCACCAACCUGGCAGAGGCGGCGGACGCCGUCGGCAUCCCUCUCUGCGCCUCGGCGGCAGUCAUUGACCCCACCACCGGAGAGCUGCUUCAGGAGGAGUUUUUCCACACGGGGGCAGCAGGGCCUGCCGAGUCCCCACAAGGCGCCGACGGCGCCGCCAUCCUCACCACCUCCAUCUCCUUUGUGGACACUGUGUCCUGCGAUGUGUUCGACCCUGACCUCUUCACCUGGGUCACAAACUACACCGCCGAGCCGCUCGUCGCCACCAACACCACCAAGCCCCCGGCCAGCCUUGUCGGGGCUGUGAUGGACCAGAUCUGCAGCGAUCCCGUGACUGCCGGCGACCAGCUGCUGGCGGCGGUGCAGGCGGGAGGCCAGGAGGCACAGGUGUGGGUCGAUGCCCUGCUCACCGCAGACUGCCUGGAGAACCCCAGCUCGCCCAACGACGCCUACCAGCAAGCCAUCAACACUCUGAACCCCGAGGGCGACCCCACAGACCUGCCGGCAGUUGCCAGCUGGUUUUCCAACAUGGCGGCGGCGGCCGACGCCGUCGGCACGCCAGUCUGCCUUUCGCUGGCUGUGGUGAACGAGGGCACUGGCGAGGUGCUGGAGAAGAGGGAUUUCUUCACUGGCGACACCGCCGCUUAG